AUGGCUCGGAAGAAGGCUAGAGUCAAGCCCAAGCCGGAGGAGAUCAGCGAAAUCAGCCCUGAUACCGAAAGAGAAACCGAGCCCAACAAGGAAAACCCCACUGGAAAAUCGUCGAAAAAGAAAGCUCCAACUCUUACUUCGACUCUCAGUGCAAGAAGCAAGGCUUCUUGUGGGCUGAGUAACAAGCUAAAGGAGAAAAUAGUGGAUAUUGAUGCUGAUUAUAUAUGUGUAAAUGAACUGGCGGUUGUUGAAUAUGUCGAGGAUAUGUACAAGUUUUACAAAUCAGCUGAGAAUGAGGGCUGGGUUCACAACUACAUCGACUCACAGCCCGAGAUAAACGAGAAAAUGCGGGCAAUAUUAAUAGACUGGUUGGUUCAGCUCCAUAGGAAAUUCGAGCUCUCGUCCGAGACCUUUUACCUCACGGUUAACAUCCCCGAUUGA